UUCAACUUUACAAGCGGAGAUUUUUAAAUUUUUAUUUGAAUGUAUAAUAAGUGAAAGAAAAAUAUUAUUUGACAUGUAUAAUCGACUUAUAGAACGAGGUCGAUCGACACAGAUUUUAGGUCCCAGUAAUAUCAACUCUAAGACCGCGGAACAUCAUGCGAAUGAGAAGAAAUGCUUGCAAUAUUUGAAUGAUCUGCUUGUUGUGAGUAAAAUUCCAGAACCAGAAAACAUUACUAAUGAAAAAAUUGAUGAAGAUGUUUUAGCUGCAAUGAAUUCCUUGAUAGAGGAGGAAUUAGCUGAACAAAAUCAAAUUUCCAAAGAAAAUGAUGAAAUAGUUAAGAAGCAGUAUCAAAUAUUACAAGCUGAUGAAAGAGGUAGACUUGCCAUUAAUGCAGAAAUAGCUGAAAUCAGGAAACGGCAGGAUGAUAAGUUGAGGGCAUUACAAGCUCGUAGGCAUGCCCUAGAAAUUGAAAAAGCAAGAGCAAAACAAAUUGCCUCAAAGCCACCACCUUUACCCAAAUCUGUAAAAUUACUAUUAAGAGAUGAAAGAAAUAAACUAUUAGAUCCUCCAAAGAAUCCAACAAAUGAGGUUAUUCCCAAUGAUCCCGAUGAUGAAAUUGUGAAUUCUUCUGAUAAAGAGAAUGUAGUUCUGUCUGAAGAAGAAAGAAAGGCAGCAGAAAAGUUGAAAGAAGAAAGAAAUAUGAAAGCCCAAAAACGAUUCAAUGAAGCAUUGAAAAAAGAUAGAGAAAAAAAA